AUGAAAAGAGGGCCCCGGGCCUGUCUGACAGGUCUGCUGAAUCCUGGACUGGAGGUGGAGAUGACAGGACGCACCAACACAAUCCAGGUGGACCUUGACUUUUUGGAUGAAUUGAUCUCAGACGGAGCCGAUCCAAACAGCUCAGACAGAUAUGGACAGACCAUCCUGCAUGAGAUCUCCAGGGCAUGGAGUGUGGAUGUAAUGCGGUUCUUUUUAGACCGGGGAUCAGACCUCCUCCAACCAGAUCAGUUUGGAGUCACGGCACUACACGUGGCCUCGGCGCUGGACUACCAAGACAUGGUUCAGUUCCUGCUGGACCGGAAAGGUCUGUCUGAUCUAGAGGCUCUGACUUUUCUGGACCAGCAGAGUCCUCUUCACUACGCUGCCAAGAAUGAUGCUGUAAGUUCCAUCAGACUGCUGCUGCAGAUCGGAGCCUCGAUCAACUGCACUGACUACAAGGGCAGAACACCACUGCAGCUUGCCGCCAACAUGGAGCGCAGUGAAGCAGCCCAGGUGCUGUUGGAGCUCGGUGCGGAGGCGGGGAAGAUGGACUCUGACGGACAGCUCUGUAUCACUGCUCUUAUUGGCCGGAUGAGUCCAGUGGCCCAAAUGGCGCUCAGUCAGUUCCAUGUGAUUGACAAAAUGACCCGACAGCAGUACUACUACCUGAACCUGCUGGAACCGGAAACACACCCAUCUGGGACCCACCUGCAAGAAGCAGUUCUCAGUGAACCAACGUCUCCACUGGAGGUUGUGGUGCAUCAUGGAAAACUGGACCUUAUCAUGAAUCCAGUGUUUCUUAAACUGAUCCAGGUCAAAUGGAAACUGUACGGCAGAUUUGGGGCGUGGCUUCUUCUUAUCCUCAACUUCCUGUUCAACGUCUCGUGGACAACCGUCGCCAUUUCAAUCUCUGCGUACCAAGACACAUCUCGCUACAUCCUCCCCCAGGACUGGUGGCGUGUCCUCCUUGUGAUCCUGGCGCUGCUGUUGACCGUGGAGGAGGUUUUGAGGGAGAUACAGGACAUCCUGCGGUCAAGGAGGAAGCUCCGCCUAUGGCGACGGAACGUGUUUGAUUGGGUGGUCUACUCUCUGCUGACGGUGUCCUUCAGCGUCCACAUGGCCGACGUGCUUCAUCCGUCCAUCCUGCUUCACACCACCAGCCUGCGUCUGUUCUCCAUCACGGUUGUCUUCCUGUGGCUGCGACUGAUGAAGCACGUCAGAGCCUUCAGGUUAAUGGGUCCAUUCAUUGUCAUGUUGGGAAACAUCAUCGGGGACUUGAUGUGUUUCCUGUUUCUCUACGCUGAGAUCUUUAUACCCUACGCCUGCAGCUUCUGGAUCAUAUUUGGAGGUUUGUUUCCCAGCAUGCAGUCUGUCUCCGGCCUGCUGUUCAGUCUAUACCGCAUCACUCUGGUGGACGAGUACGAGUACGCUGCCAUGGCAUCAGUGGACGGCAUCAUGGCUCCUCUACUCUGUGGGACGUUUUUGGCUGCGUCCUCCAUCCUGUGUGUUAACCUGCUAGUAGCCCUGCUCACGGACACCUUCCAGAGGGUGCAUGAUAACUCCCAGGCUAACGCUGUGAUGCAACAAGCCUCCGUCAUCCUGCAGGUGGAGGAAUCCAUGCCUCUCCUACGCCGUUUCUAUGACAACCAGUACAUCUCCAAACACUGUGCUCCGCUCGCCAAUGCCCACAACGAUGACAUCACCACUAACUCCCGUUACCAUGGCGAGAUGGGCCGCAUCACUACGCAGAUUAAAGAGACCCUGGAUCAGUUUGUGGUCUUGCAGAGAAACAAGGAGACAGUUGGAGGUUCUGGAGUCCAUACAAACCAGGACAGGGACCAGAUUUUGAACCAUUACCAGGACUGGAACCAAGAGCUCCAGAACCUGCAAAACCAGGAGUUUGAGGCUAUCCGAGCAGAGCUGAAGCAGCUCCGGACUCUGGUCCAGCAGCUGGUGGAGAACCGGACUCUGGUCCAGCAGAUAGUGGAGAACCAGACUGAGGACCAAAUGAAACAAUAA